AUGGCUGCUGAGAGGGUGAUGGGUACACUGAUUGACGUGGUCAAAGAGGCGGUGCUGGCAGCAGUAAGAGAGGAGCUGGCUGCACACAAGGAGGAGCUGAAUGAGUUGCAGAAUAUGUUGUUUGCUGUGGAAGAGAAGAAUGAGGCGACUGCUUCUGUGAUGGAGGAGAGGGGGAGGGAGUUGGCAGCAGUGAAAGGGGAGCUGGCUGCAUACAAAGAGGAGGGAGAUGAGUUGCGGCACACGCUGACUGUUUUGGAGGAGAGGUAUGAGGCAACCGUUGCUGUGAUGGAGGAGAGGGGAAGAAAGUUGGCAGCAGUGAAGAGGGAGGUGACUGCAGUUAAGGGGGAGUUGGCAGGAGUGAAGGCGGGGUUGAGCGGUCAAGUCAGCAGCAGCAUCAGAGGAGACACAGCUGGACCUGAGUAA